CAACAGAAAAAAGUAUCUUUCCAGAAAAAUAUUGUCCGAUAGAACACCACCGACCAACUGGUAACAUGAUACCUCGCAGACCUAACCUUUCCUGAGAACGAUAAGCAGGAAUUUUGCCGAAAAUAUAGGAAGGGCCGUAACGGGGGGCCUGACGGGCCACACCGAACAUCGAUUCGUACACAAAACGGCCAGAUACACGGCAAAAAUCACGCCCCGUCGAAAGGACAUGGCGUCAAAACUACCGCGUUUGGUGAAUCACAUUUGCGAAAAAAACCGUACCAGACUAUUGAUCUAGACUAUUGAGAAAACCGGCAGGUAGAUGCUGGCAACGCUGCAUGAAAGAAGCCAUGCGAUUGGUAGUUUGCGAUUUGACGUUUGGGGUUUUCGACCUUUGACAGAUUUGACAAAUAUGGCGCCACAAACGUCAAUAAAGUAAAUUUUCAAUUAAUAGCAAAUAAAAGAAAAUUUUUAGUAAUUUGAAGGAUAUAAAUAAAUGUUGCAGCGCACACGUAAGAAAAUUAGCAUUUGUAAUGGUAACUCUGGACAGCGAACAUGUCUAGUGACAGUGACUCGGAGGAAUUUUACGAUUGCGAAGACAAUACAUCUAAUCAAAGUACAAGGUACGAAAAAAUGCAAUUAAAGAUCCUAAAAAAGCUCUUACCUCCAAUAAAAUCUUCAUAUAUAAAGAAAAAUACCUUGAUGUGAAAGAAACGCCUCGACACACUUCACAAAAUUUUAUUUACUUGACAGCAAACAAAUAAUUGCUAGCUGUCAAGAUUGGCCAAAGCUUCUUUGAUUUUUUAUUUUCUUGAAGGAAACCCCGCAAGCCUUCCAAGGACAGCCUUACCAAACGCUCCAAUUCCGAACCAAACAUACCAGGCAUUUCCAAUGAAGCUGCCGACCAACUCUCAAAAGUUGAGCCUCAAAAUGAUUCUGAACCAACCUUUAAAGAAGUGCAAGUGGGGAGUAGGAAAAAAUUCAAAGAGCUGCGGAGGAAGUUGCAGAAUGAUGAGGAGGAUUAUCAGACAGGGAAUAUGACACCUCCUAACAGCCAAACUUCUUCUGUGGAAGGAGUCUUUGCUGCUCCAAAGACAUCACAUCCAUUUAGGAUUAUAGAACAAGAUACCAUCAGCUUGCAGAGUUUGAGUUCAGUAGGAAGAGCUGGAAGAAAAUUGGGCAAUAAUCUUCCAGAAAAUGUUAGAAAAACAAUGUCUGUAUCAGCAUUAUCUUCCAGCUCUUUGGAUUCAGAGUCAACACAAAGUUCUAAAUAUUCACAAUAUCCAAGUACAGCAACAUUAUCAAUCAGUGCCGCACAAACAGAUCCACAUGCUCAAGGCACAACUGCAAGCAGUAUGUCUCAGCACCAGCACCCCAAACCUUGUCUUCCACUGCAAGAGCCUGACGUAAUAGCUAGCACAAAGGCAUCCAGUAGCAGCCAGCAACCGAACAUAGAGGCGCCCGUGGCCCCUCCUAGGAGGAAAAAGAAAAGCAAAAUGCAAAAUAUCAUGCUAACUAAAUCCGCUUCGAGCAACAGCGCAUUCAGGCCGUCGGCCAACGACCUGGCCAGUCCAGCCAGCACGAUCGAGUCUUUGACGCGCGAGUUUGAACAUUCCCUAGACCGACUGCCGAUGUGCCCGCCCCCGCCUAAACCACAGUCCAAGGACGCGGAAGAAGGCAGGACCUCUAGGUUGACAGAAGACGAGAAAAAACAAUUGAAGCACCGGUUGAGCGUGAAGUCACCGAGGAGGGAUCAGGAGGAAGAUAGGGGCACCAGUAGAAGUUCGACGCUUAAAUCGGGGCGGUCGCUGGAUAUUGAGGAGGCUCUCAGGGGGCAGUUUGUUGUCAAACCGCAGGAUACUGAGAGCUUGAAGGCAAAAGGGGGACGAGACAAAAGUAGUGAGGCAUCUGAGGAAGAAAAGCUGGAGACAAAGAACGGUUCAGAUGGGGCCCACAGCCCUAGAGGGUCUAAUAGCAGAAGCAGCGUGGGUCAUUAUAGCCUUGGACCCCACAGGGGGACUCAUCAAAACGAUAGCAAGCAUUCGUCGAAAGAGCGACGGAGAUCAGCUGGUGACGAGAGUUUCCUUAAAAAUAUUCAUGUCAGGACACACACAGAUUCAGGAAAGCAAUUGUCAGAUUUGGAAAUUUUAGAACAGGUGACUGUUUUGAACCUGGACACUGGAGAGCGUGUACCUUUGAGUGUCGCUGAAGACAAGCUUCCACAAUGCAUCAAUCCACUGUCGUUGCAUAUUAUGAGGCUUACAUCGGAGUAUGUCAGCAGUUCUAGUAUGGAGAAAGAAAAAGAAUCGGAUGAAGAGAGCUUGGAUAAUACUAAGAAGUCGGAUAUUCCGAUCGUUGACGAAAAUGAGGGAGGAAGGAUAAGGCAGAAAACAGCCAAGCUGAAAAGAUUUUUGGGCUCAACUGUAAAGAAAACGAUGCACAAAGCGAAGUCUAUAGCUCAAGAGGUGUCCCAUGCAAGGCAUAAGGAAGACAUUAUUGAUAUUGUUGAUAACGUAAAUCCAGGAGAACAAAACUGCAAGUUGAAGGCAUCUAAUUCCCACAAAGGCCCAUUUGAGUUCGAAAAGAUCGAACACGUUCAAGAGUUGAAAGACGACCAACACGAAGGCCCCAUUUGGUGCAUGAAAUUUUCUUGUUGUGGCAGGCUGCUUGCUACAGCAGGACAGGACAAGAUACUCAGGAUAUGGGUGGUACGGGAUGCCUACCCCUUCUUUCAAGACAUGAGAACAAAAUACAACGCGGAGAAAGUAUCGCCGACACCUUCCCAAGAAUCGCUAGUCUCCCACAUUUCUUCCGAAGCCUCGAACAUUCUGGAAGGCAUCCCUUCUGAAGAGCUGGCCAAGCUCACUUUCAUGCCGAAACCUUUCUGCACUUACACGGGACACACCUCGGACCUUUUAGACGUAUCCUGGUCCAAGAAUUACUUCAUUCUCUCGUCUUCUAUGGACAAAACCGUCAGGUUAUGGCAUAUUUCGAGGAAAGAAUGCCUCUGCUGCUUCCAACAUAUCGACUUUGUGACUGCAAUUGUUUUCCAUCCUAGAGAUGACAGAUACUUCCUCAGUGGGUCACUUGACGGCAAGUUGAGGUUAUGGAACAUUCCAGACAAAAAGGUUGCUGUUUGGAAUGAGGUGGAAGGCAACCCGAAGCUGAUAACAGCCGCCAACUUCUGUCAAAAUGGAAAAUUCGCCGUUGUGGGUACUUACGAUGGCAGGUGUAUCUUCUACAUCACCGACCAACUGAAGUACCAUACACAGAUCCACGUCAGGUCUUCCAGGGGCAGAAACUCGGUUGGGAGGAAGAUCAGUGGAAUUGAACCAAUGCCAGGUGAAGAUAAGAUUCUGGUAACUUCCAAUGAUAGUCGAAUUAGGCUUUACGACCUUCGAGAUUUGAAUGUUUCUUGUAAAUAUAAGGGUUACGUGAAUACCAGCAGCCAAAUCAAAGCAAGUUUCAGUCACGACGGCAAGUACAUAGUAAGCGGCUCCGAGAACAGAGACAUUUACAUCUGGAAAACAAACCACGACUAUUCAAAGUUUUCGUCGGUGCGAAGGGACCGAAACGAUUUCUGGGAGGCGAUCAAGGCGCACAACGCAACUGUCACGUGCGCCAUCUUUGCCCCAAAUCCGGAAGCUGUGAUACGGAUGUUGGAGGAGAGCUGUAAGAAAGAUGAGAGUGGUGAAGGGGAGAGCAAGGUUGAGGAUCCUGUAGUGGAGCAACACACAAAAGGUGCAGGAGGGUAUGUUUUAGUAUCGGCUGAUUUCAACGGAUGCAUCAAAGUUUUCAUCAACAAGACGAAGCCAAAGCAUAGCUCACUACCUGUCUCAGCUAUGGCGUAACGUGAGAAAUUUUCUGUAUUUAUAAAGUUUUUUUUCUGACUUUACAGCAGAACACAGAACUUUAAGAACACCUCAUGACAAAACAACGUAUUGUGGUACCCUAAUUAUUUUUCAGAAUCAAUAUUGCUACCUUUUUGGGCUCUUCCAUUACUCGUACUUUUCUUGUUAUUAUUGCCAUAUUUGUAUAUUUUUCAGAUAUAAGAAUUGAACGCUAAUAGUGUUGGACAUUUGAACCCUGUGACUAGCUACUUACAGUACAUUGUUUAAAAAAUAUUCCAGCGUUAUUUCAAAAUUGCAUGGGUGGUCUGUUAUGUUUAUAUUUUUCUGCCUCUUGGGCAUCUGAAAAAUUAUAUUGCGAGUAAUUUCUUUUUUGUAAUGACCUUUUUAUGCAUAUACUACUGGUAAUUUUAACAGUCCUUAUAUUUUAUCGAUUUAUUGUAAUUCCAAAAUAUACAUUUUAGAUCGUCUUAUUAUAUUUAUCUAAUUACUGACAUCAACAUUUUUUACCCUAUUUUAAAUGGAAUGGCUAAGUAGUGUAAUAGCGGAGUUUAAGAAGUAAAACUAGCUGUUGAGGUUUAGAAUUAUUGUGUAAAUAGAGUAAAAGCUAGUGUAAAAUAUAUUUGUUUUUCACUACAAAUUAAUUGGAGUGAUGUGACUGUUAUCAGCUUUAUUGUGAGAAUAAUUAAUAAAAUAUAUUAAAGAAAUACGGAUUUCAAUUUUUAACACUCGUGAAC